ACUCCAUCAUGAAUGAUAUUUGCACUGAACUGACGGUAGACUCUUCUUCCAUAGUCUGACCGCUGCGUCUCUCGCGGAGUCAAUUCCUCUGCUGUAGCAGCUCUCUAUAGGCCUAAAUGGCGACUAUAGUUAGUUUUAGUAACAGUGUGGUUAUAGGAGAGACUAAUGUUGAUGGUGAUAAUAUUGAUGAUCAGUCCAACAAGGCGAACGAAUCUUCCUCCCCCGCUGCAAUAAGCAACAGGAGGAGGAGCUCCUAUUUAAUUCGCAGGCACAGCAUGUAUCCUGUAGAUUACAAGAGUAUUGUUGAUGAUGAAAUACAGCUCAAAACUGCUCUCUACAAUCACAUUUGUAGUCCACUCAAGCGGUGGAAAGUGGCGAAAGCCAAGCCAUACAAGCUUUUUCUCCAAAUAGUAAAAACAGUACUGGUUCUGGUGCAGGUGUUCCUGUUUGCCUACUUUCUUGCCAAUGAAAGAGUAUACUUUUAUUCAAGGUCACAGGAGCUGCUGGAGAAUUUGUUACUAAAAAAUAAAGUUAACAAACUUAGUCUUUAUAAUGAUGAGGAGCUUAAUGAAGACAUUAACUUCAUCACAGAUAAAUAUUUUCAAUUGCCUAAUAUAACAUUGGGUGGCUACAAUCACCUUUUAGACUCAGAUGGCAACAUGGAACCAAUCACUGCUACAGUUAGACAAUAUCAACAAAUUGAUAUUGAGUCUUCAAGCGAUUCUGUUGUAUUCAAUCACAAUGUGAUAACAACUGAGAUCAAUAUAAUUGAGGACAGUGAUCCAUUCCUUCAGCUAAUGGAAGAAGGAUUUGCUUGGAAUCAGUUUAUCGAUGCCACAAUUCUCUUGUAUCUUAAAAAAGUUCACAUUGUUAAGAAUCCUGAUAGAAUAGACUGCUAUCUCAUUACAAUAACAGUGCUUUAUUCAAAUGAGGAUCACAGUGGGAUCAUUGAUCGCUCUUUGAAUUUUAAUUUUGAAUUUGUUUCAUGCAAUACAGAAGUACACAAUAACAACAAAGCCAGGAACAUUUCAUGGUACAUCUUUACAACCUUACUGGAUGUACUGGUGAUAAUAUUGUCUGUGACAUCAAAUGUGUUCAUUAUCUUUAAGUACUGGAGAGGAUACAAACUGGGAAAGGCAAUGCGUGAGUUCUAUAAGCAAAAGUUGGAAAAGGAAUUAAAAUGGACUCAGAUCAUCAGGCCAUUGUUUUCACUCUGGCUCUCUUUCACAUUACUAGCUAAUGUCCUACUCAUCAUUGGCUCCCUACUUAGAAUAAUUUUAGAAUUUGAUGCAAGUAGUUUUAGUUUUAGAUCAGCUAGUAUUCGUAUAUUACUUGGAACAGCUGCUCUCAUUGAAAUGAGUGCAAUCCUGCGCUACAUCAGCUUCUUCAAUCAAUUAAAUGCUCUCCCAAGGACCCUCAGUUACGUCUUUCCUGAACUGCUCAAGUUCCUCCUCUGCUCUGGUGUCCUGUUCUUUGCAUUCUCCGUUUGUGGAUUUGUCAUUUUUGGACCUUACAAUGAAAGGUUCAGUGAUAUAUUCCAGUCAUUUCAAACUCUGUUUGUCCUUACACAUGGCGAUGAUAUUUAUCCAAUGUUCCGCUCGUUUGAUGACUCUGAUAACAGCGCUGUUAUAGCUUAUGGCCAAGUCUUCAUCUAUGUGUUCACGGCCUUGUUUGUUUAUGCUGUUCUCAACCUGUUCACUUCACUCAUUAUUCGGGCACAUGAGGAAUCAAAGACCAUAAAUCGAGCUACUGUUAAUGAAGUAAGACGGUUUAUAUAUUCUGAUAAGCUCACAAAAGGGGGCAAGGCUCUGAAGGAAAUAAUGAAUGUCAACAAAAUUGUUGAUCCAGAAGUUGUUAUAGGAAACAGUUCAACUCCAACUAAUGUUGAUUAGUUUUAUAAGUCGAACAGCAGAAGUAGCUGUAUAAUGACGAUAGAAACCUUGUUAUUAUUUUUUUUGUAGCAUUUGUAUACAUAUUAUAUAUUUACUAUUGUGGUAUGUUCAAUUAUUUUAAAAUAAUUAUUAUUAAAUAAACAAUAUGGCAUUAUACAGUAACAUUGUGCUAAUUA